AUGCUUCAAUGGCAAAUUGGUAAUGUUGAAUUUUCGUGUGGUGCAAAAUUGGACGACGUGUCAGCACGUCACUGGGAUCAGAACGAAGCAGUUGCACAGUUCGCUGGCGAGCAUGCAUUGCUGACGGAUGGCUGUGCUGAGCUGAUUCGUAGAAUGGCUGAGGGCACCGAUAUACGAUGUAAUCAUCAGGUACCCGCCUUUAAUUUC